AUGCCAUCCAGGGUCCCAUCCCCCUCGCUGUCCGAGCAGUUCUACUGCAACGACAGUGCCUCCAUGUCCUCCAUAUCUUCCCGCAAACACCUCUACAACAACUCCAUGUCCUCCAUGUCCUCUCGGCCCUCCACCUCUCGGUCCUCCACUUCAGAUUCCCGCCCGAGCUUCUCCUUCCCCGCUCCGCCUUCCCAACCCACCUCAUCUACAAAGGGCCGGGGACUGCGAAGCAAACCCUCCAAAUCAACCCUCACCAAGACCUUGUCCCCGCCACAACCGACCACCCGCUCCCGAGCAGCCAGCUUCGGCAAGCGGCCCCACGCCAACCCGCCCGUGGUCCCUUCCCACGACGAAAUCGCCUUCCCCGUCGGCUACGAAGACGCAUGGGGCUCGCGCUACGAGUCAGCCGACGGCCGCACCGACCUCGACCGAGCCAACAUCUUCAUCACGCGUUUCAUCGCCAUGAGCUCCAACCCGUGGGUGAACGCGGAGCUGCGGGACGUGAUCACCAACCGCGACCUGUGCCGGAGUGUGGCGCACGUGGCGUGGGCGGUGAUGCACCGGGUUUUCGGAAACAGACAUGCCGAUUUCACGGCGACGCCGCUGGUGCAGGCUAUGCGGUUCAUCAUCAUCAAGGCGAAUAUCCCGGCCGAUGUGAACGUGUGCGAGAAGGCGAGGCAGGUGGUGGAUUUCUUCUUUGAUCCGACGCUGCACAGAAAUCUGGAGCCGCUGCCUUGUGAGGAGUUGGUUGUUUACAAGUAUCCUGUGGGCAGGUUGAGGGUUUGCAUUGUCGGUGGAGGGCCCACUGGACUGGCCAGCGCUAUUUCCCUGGCGGAGAAGGGAGGUGGAAAGAUUGAGGUGCAUGUGUGGGAGAGGAGGUGGGUGAGGGAUGAGAGGACGGGCGAGGUUGGGUAUCCUCCGACUGCCAGGAGGAGAGAUCAGGUCGUGACCUUGCAGGAUUCGGUCACGGAUCUGUUGACUCCCAAGUCCUUCCAAGCCCUGUUUGCUGGGCGGCCGGAGAGGGUCUGGCCUGGUUCGGCCAACAUUCAGAUUCGCAAGGUAGAGGACAGGUUCCUCAAGAGAUGCCAGGAUGACGAACUGCGCCACUUGAUUCACCUCCAUCCCGAGGGUGUCACAAGAGAAGAGCUCAAGAACGGCAAGUGCGGUGACUUCCAUGUCCUUUUGGGCACCGACGGUGCUGCCUCCUGGGUCCGCAGAGACUACUUCCGCGGCUACGAGAAGGAGCGUGGUCGGUCCUAUGCCCUCGGUCUCGCCUUCGACCGCGGCUCCGUCGGUGGUCUUCCCUGGUCCCAACCACUCAACAUGUUCCUCACCCUCGGCCAAACCCGCUACCUCCUCAACGCCUCGGAUCACGACGGCAAGGGAUACCUGAACAUGCAGCUGACUGAAGACGAGUGGCACAAGAUGGUCGGUGUGGAUGGCGAGCCCGUUCACUUCGGCUCCCCCGGCUGCUUCCGCCGCGAAGACGGAUCCGUCCCCGAGGGCUUCACUGAGAACCGCGUCUUCAAGCCUUCCGAACACCGCGACUCCUCACUCUGGAAGUCCAUCGAAGACGGGCUCAAGCUCUUUGGCUUCAAGGAGUCCGAAGUCAUCAAUGUCGUGCGCAUCCCCAUCGUCGUACAAGCCGUGCGUGAAGGCGUGCAGCAGCUUCCCCUCGAAGACUCCCGCUUCGUCCGUCGUCCGCAUGCACUUGUCGCCGUGGCCGGGGACGCCGCUAUGACAGUGCACUUCUGGCCUGGCCGCGGUCUCAACUCGGGUAUCAAAGCCGGUAUCGCUUUCGCUGCAAGACCGCGAGCACGACAAGCGCAGCAUCCCAUUCUCAACCAAUCUGGCACCCCUGAGACUCUCGACUGGCUGCUGAAGCAAGCCUCUUCGGUCCCGGACAAUGUCGCCAUCGACUGGCUCGUCGGUGCCAUGACGCAGAUUGCCGACCGUCUCGAGCAGAGAGAAGACUGGUACUUCAAGCCGGAGAUCAACGUCGAAGCGCAAAUUCGUAUUGUCCUUCGACAGAUGCACUCCCUGACUCUCCGGGAGAUGGCGGUGUCCUUCCCUUGGCCCACACGUGAAAUGGCCGGUGCUGAAGUCUUGCCCUGCCGCUCUGCGAAGCCGGAGCCUUCCGAGACGAGCAAGAAGGCGGAGCAGAAGUGGCUCCAACAGCUCUGGGGGAUCAUCAGCAAGGACCCAAGCGCUGAACGGAAGCCCAGACUUCCUGGCUCGGCAUCGGGAGGGAGCAGUGGUCGGUUCGAAGCGCCGCGGUUUACGGUGCCUGGUUUGAGGAGCAAGUCGUCGUCGCCAAAGCUGAGGAAUGGCGGGUUUAUGGACGAGAAGCAGAGCCCACCGAUGCCGAUGGGUCAUCCGUUGAUGGCGCGGCAGCAGCAGCAGGGAAUGCGGUCGGGAAGUUCAUCUCGGGCUGGAUCGCCGUCUGCGAGUUUGCGGAGGAGCAAUGCUGGCAAGAGAGUGGGAAGUAUUAGCAGUUUGCCAGUUCCAUUGGAGUUUGGUGGUGGGGAGAUGGGUGGAAGGCAGAGGAGUUGCAGUGUCAAUCCCGGUGCGCAGGGUCAGGAAGCGGGCAGCAGUGGGGGAUUGACGAGGUUGAUGAGUGUCAAGAGGCAGCCGAACCAGACGAUGUUGUGUGAGGCCAUGGCUUUGGCUUUGUUUGGUGUUGGCGAGUGA